ACUGCGUGAGUUUAUUUUUUUUUCGGGCGGAGAUAAUGUUGUUUGCACAAAUGGUAGCAAGAAAUUUCCAUUGAUAGAAGUUUGUAUUGCAUGUUUAUUGUACAAAAUUACUAUUAUGUGUCCUCUACUAUUGUUCAGUUUUAUUGACACUAGGCAGCUAUUUGAUAACUAAGUUGCGUCAUCCUUCGUAGUAGCAAAUGUGUCAUCUAGCUAACGUUAGCCAGCUAGCUUCCCAACCGCAGAGUUAAACAUUUUAAAUUAAUGUUUUUAUACUAACGUUGGCUAAACCUGCCAUUACUGGGGGUCAUUUCGGAAGGUAUUAUUAUGUAUGAACUAUGAACUUUGCUCGUGCAAGACAUGCCCAGCUGAUUUCGACGUUAACAGAAUAGACUGUAGAGAGACUAGCUAACAUUAGCUAGUAUCCGCUAGCUAGCUAACAGUGAUUGGUUUCCAAGCACCCAAGUCCAUCUUGAAUAGGCACACAGCUACAACAGAGACAAUGGAUGAGAGCCCAGAAGCUGCUGUGGACAACGAUGACCUUGUUAUUAUUGUGGAAAACGAGGCAGAGAGCUUGCCAGCUGAAGAGGAGAGGGCGAAACAGCUAGGAGGUAGCCUCGGUCUCAUGGACACUUGCCCUGUCUGCAAGUUGAAUUUCCACAACAGAGAGCCGAAACUUCUGCCAUGCCUCCACUCUUUCUGCAAUAAGUGUCUUCCACCUCCUUCAAGGAACUUAAUCAACACUGAACAACGGCGCGACCCGCAACUUCAAGUGGACAACUCGAAACCACUCAAUGUGAUCCGCUGCCCAGUGUGUCGACAAGAGUGCUGGGAGGUGGAGGUGCUCGAUAACUUCUUUGUGAAGGACUCUGUGGAGGUUCCCAGCAGCACAGUGGAGAAGACCAGUCAGGUGUGUAUGAGUUGUGAUGACAACACAGAGGCCACGGGGUUCUGUGUGGAGUGUGUGGAGUUCCUGUGUGUGACGUGUAUUGAGGCCCACCAGCGAGUCAAGUUCACCAGGGAUCAUACCAUACGGCAGAAAGAGGAGAUGUCCCCAGAGGCUGUUGGUGCAACCACACAGAAGCCAGUGUUUUGUGACAUCCACAAGCAGGAGCCCCUCAAGCUGUUCUGUGAGACCUGCGACCGUCUCACAUGCAGAGACUGUCAGCUGCUCAAGCACAAGGACCACAAUUACCAGUUCCUUGAAGAUGCCUACAGAAACCACAGGCAACACCUGGAAAACAUGACACAUCAGCUACAGGAGAAGAGGAAAGCCAUAGAAGAAGUGUCCAACUGCAUCAACAAUGGACUCCAGCAAGUCGAUGAAAACCGCAAGUCUGUCACCAAUGAGAUAAAGAAGUCAAUUUGCAACUUGAUCAUGGAGAUCAACAGAAAGGGAAAAAUCUUGGUCAAUCAACUUGAGACACUGACGAAGGACCACGAGGUCGGACUGAAGAAACAACAAGAAGAUGUCAGCCACCUGACCAGACAUCUAGAUCACGUCAUCAACUUCACCAAGUGGGCCACAGCCAGUCACAGUGGCACAGCUCUGCUGUACUGCAAGAGACUGAUUCUUUGCCAAAUCCAUUACCUAAUGAGGGCCAACUGCAACGCAUCCAUCGUCCCUCAGAGCUCAGUCCGCUUCCAGUGUCGCUCCGGUUUCUGGGCCUCAAAUGUCGACCUUGGGUCUUUAGCAGUAGAGAGAAUUCCUGGUCGUCAGCCCAGUUCCAUUCAGCAGGGCUUCCCUCCUGGCCACCCCAGCCAGCCUGGCCCCGGCCCUAGAGUAGAGGUCCCUCCCGGGGCCUUCCCUCCAGGCUCCUCCGCUCACCAGCGUGGGAGCACCCUGGCCCAGCUCCAGCUGCAGGUAGAGAAGCUUGCCCAGCACCCCAACAGGGCUGGACAGCCCCCUCCCAACCAUUGGUCCUGGUACCAGCAGGGUCUGAAGCUCCCAGGGCCGGGGCCAGGUCCAGGGGGCCCACCUCCACAGAGGCCCCACCAGGGGGGUUCUCCAUCGCAGGGUCCCCCCAACAUGGUCCAGAUCCAGCAGCCAGGCCGGAGUUACGGACCCCCCGGCCCCCAAACCCAUCCCAACCCCAGGAGCCCCACCUCUAUGCUGCAAAACGCAGGCUUCCCCCCUCAGUCUCUAAGGGAUCUCAUCCACAACUCCAGCUUCCCUCCCAAACCAAUGGAUGUGCUACAGGGUACCUCCCGCUACUCUCAUGCACCUCCUAACACAGGACCCAUCAGCACUCAAGCCUCUAUACACCAGCGUAACAUGAUGGAAGCUGCACAACUGAGGAGGAGUGACCCCAGUGGAUCUUCAUCAUUGUCCAUGUCCAACCCCAGAGCUAGUUAUGCUCCGAGCCUAGCCACUGCCUUCCCAGACAGACAUUCACAAGGAAGACAGAAUUCCCCCAUGUCCAAAUCUUCCUCCUCUGAAGCCAACAUAGGGUCUGCUUCCUGGAAGCGCACAGAGCCUCAUGCUGCGGCUCCCCCCUCAGCUAAGCGGAGGCGAAGGUCGUCCCCCGGACCAAUCAUCGUCAUCAAGGACGAACCAGAGGACGAUGACGAAGUCAGCUUUUCUAGUGUUGGAGCCUCAGCCAGCCUGCCAGACAAGACCCAGGUAGAGCUAGAGGCAGACCCCCAACCAGACCGAGAAAAGGCCCCAGGUGUCCCUGAAGAUGACCCGAAUGAAGACUGGUGCGCCGCAUGUCAGAAUGGGGGAGAAGUGCUCUGCUGUGACAGAUGUCCCAAAGUCUUCCAUCUGAACUGUCAUAUACCUUCACUUAGAGAGUCUCCCAGUGGUGAGUGGUUCUGUUCGUUCUGUCGUGACCUGGCCAGUCCUGAGAUGGAGUAUAACCCAGAUAGCCAGGGAGAAUCACCAGCCAUGAAGGAAGAGCCAGGAUCAGAGAGAUUCCCUCCAGUUGAUAAGAGGAAAUGUGAGAGACUGUUGCUCUGCAUCUACUGCAACGAGUUCAGUACAGAUUUCCAGGAGCCUGCCUCACCGUUGUCAGUCCCAGAGUAUAAGGAGCUGAUUGAGACUCCAAUGGACCUGUCUAUAGUGAAGAGCAGGCUGGAGUCUAAGGAGAGCCCACGUUACUGCAGUGCUGAGGAGUUUGUCAAGGAUGUCAGGCUCAUAUUCAGGAACUGUGCAAAGUAUUACCAGGCAGACACUGAGGUGGGAGGUGCAGGACUGAGCCUGGAGGAGUACUUUGAAGAGCAGCUGAAGCUCCUCUACCAAGACAGGAGCUUCCCUGGGGGCAGAGAGGAGGGCAUGAUACCCCCUGUGGAGGACGAGAUGGAAGAAGGGAUGGAAGAUGACGGGAUGGCUCCUAACGAAGGGGAUAUGCCCCCAGUCGAGGACGAUCUAACACCUGUUGAAGAAGGGAUGCCUUCUAUGGAGAAAGAAGGAAUGGAAGAGGCUCCUGUGGAAGGAGGGAUGGAGGAAGAAGGGAUACCUCCUUUAGAAGAGAGCAUGGAAGAGGAAGGGGAAGAGACUUCUCCAGUGAAAGGAGACUCACCACCUGCUGAUGCUACUGAACCAGUAGAUCCAUCAACAAGGGGUGCAUCAUCACCCAACCUUCCCAGCAAGGAUGCUCCUCAACCCCUCUCAGAUACCCCAGACAACCCUCCCUGCGAGGAGGCCCCCCAACCCCUCUCAGAUACCCCAGACAACCCUCCUGACAACAGCCCUGCUGCAGGCUUAGCCACAGAAAAUGAGGGGACGACUAAAGAAGUGCGAGACGAAGCAGAAGAGGAAUGAUUCUUGUUCUUCCACUGUAAAUUGGACGGACAAUAAAGCUUUUAGAAUUAUCUAUAGGUUCUGUUGUCUGAAAAUACAGGGUGACCUCUUUGCUGCGUCAUAUACUUUUUGAUAUGAUUUUCAAUAAUAAAUAAACAGAAAACUGGGACGUUUAACAGGGUACAGAGGUGGACAAUGAAUGCACAAAUGUUUGUCUUGUUACAAAGCAAUGUAGCUACAUGUAUGAACUAGUAAUGCACAGACUGUUCUGUCUGCUGAGAUUGAGAAGUUACAAUCAUGCUGUAACUGAUGAACUUUCUACAAUAACAAUCAUAACACAAAUAAUGUCCAUUAUUGAUAAAUUGUCUGAAAUUUUCCAUGUUGGCUUUUGUAAAGAUGAAUGCCAUAUAAUACUGUAUAUUUAAAAUAAUGUAAGUGAUUUUAUUUAUCCAACUCUAAAGAAAAAUAACUGCAAAGACAGAACUCCAUGAAAACCAUAGCCCUUACAUCCCCGUCUUAACUCAAACGUUUUUGAUAAAGGUCAAUCAUUUUUUUAAACUUUUAUGUAUAGUUGUGUUAUAAUUUAGUUAAAUUCUAGGCUACUCUUGUACAGAACAUUGUUAAGGAGGUAUUCUGUAAGGUGGACUCAGCGAUAUAACAUAGAUGCAAAAGGCAAACAGCAUAGUGGGUCAAUUUCAGCGACAACUAAGAGCGCGCGGCUCAACAUCUCCGCUGUUUUGAUUCCCUGGCUACCGUGAAGCGAACUGUGUACAUGAGCAGAUACUGUGUGAGAGCCUUGUAUCCGUUCAUCUCAGUAUCUGCUGUGCUGCUGGUGGCAAUGUCAUUUUUCUGAGUUUACCUUUAAGACUGUUCACUAGAUUACAGGGAUGUAAAAUGAAAGUGCAGUGUUCUCGAAUGGUGCUGCUUGAUUUUUGGCAUGUAAAGAGAACCAAAUUGUAGCCCUCACUUUUCCUUCUUGCAUGUUUUCUUGUUGCCUGGCUACCCAGACUUGGUCUGGCCAAACGCUACGGCCACGGACGUUAUUUUUUCUCCACUAUCAGUCUGGACCUGAGUACCUCCCCAACCCUUCACCGAAUGCGAACACAUUUGGGGCUGUCUGAUUGGGCCAGAGCCAGAACACACGUGGAUAAAGCAUCCAGUUAGAAAAGGUGUAAUUGACUUUGAUACUCUGAUUGGUUAGAGAUGAUCCAAUCGAUGAAGACUUUGUUUUGUACAACGCCCCUCAUCGCCACCACAAGACUUCAAUAGAUGCUGUAAAGAGGUCACUGGAAAGCAGACUUUGGGGGAAUAGAAGGUUGCCAGAUUGGUGCACAGUCAAAAAAUCUGAUCUAACAAAGUGCAUAUUCGUCAAAUCCGUCGUGAUUGAUGUAUUGUAACAGGCCCACUGGUUACUAAAGUCUGAUUUGGAUUUAUUUGGCUGCAUAGCAUUUAGAAGUAGUCCCUUUUCAGGUUUAGAGGUGACUGCUAAAUACUAACUCCUGUUGGUAUAAGCUGGUAGCAUACAAUAAAACUUGAAUUAAACGCUGAGUCUCAAA